UGCACCGCAUUGCAACAUUCCGUCUCAAACAUGGGGUGGCUUUCUACGCCAUGCAGUGACAAACAGCACUUUAUAUGCGAGCGCUAUCACGACGUGCCAGAAUAUAAAUGGAGCAAACUAGAUGGAACCCUUUACCACAUAUCCCAAUCCUCGAAGACAUCCUAUUCUUUUGCUCGGAAGUUUUGCCAGGAACAAGGAGGCGAUCUUGCUCAGCCUAAGACAGAAGAAAUCAAUAACCAUCUUAUCCGUCUGGCAAAUGGUAACUCAUUUUGGUUCGGACUCAACAUAAACACUGGUCAAAGGGAAUUUGAAUGGAUCAGCGGAACCCGUAUCAUUAAUGAAUUUCCCAAUUGGUCAAAUUACAGUAAUAACGGUCGUUUCAAUAAUGAAAGAUGUGUUCAUCAGCAAGUUAAAAAUGGAUGGAGAAAACUACCAUGUACAUCCUACCUCAGAUUUGCAUGUGAAAAACUAUCACGACCACGGCCAGUUCGCCCUAUACGUCUCAUAGCAGCUACUACAACACCUUACGAAGGAGGUGGAAGGAAUUCUUCAUAUCUCUGUCUGCUCGGUUCAGAGGUUGAGGAUAUUCUCAAACUGUCAACCAGAAGACUCGUCCGUCUGACUGAGGAUAUCAAUCCUGAUAGCUUCAGAGCCCCAGGAAACACAAGAAACGUGUCGUCUCACUCGCAUGUCGGUUUGAGGCAGACUCUCCCACCUUCCAAUGAUCAGGGCUUCGGGUUCUUCGAGUGUUCAUCGGUAACAGCAAGCAGGAAGACAACUGUUCCACUUGGUAUUGCCUCAUCUACCCGUAAACUGCAACCCUUUAAUGGUCGUCUUACGAGAACGGUACAUGUCGGAGAUAAUGUCACCCUAAGUGUGAUGAACGUUUAUACAAGGAUAGAAGGUGACAGCUGGAUAGAAUGGAAGAAAUUCAUUGAUGAAGGCUGGAAUUAUUCUGUAAUAGAAAGGAGUUCCAGCCAUCUAUCACACACAAUUCAAUCUGCAGUCACGUCAGAUGCUGGUGUCUAUGUGACGUAUAGGAACGGGAUGCUGCAGCAACGCCAAUUCAGCUUCAUUAGGCUUAUCGUGAGAGAAUGCCCUCCUGGACGGUGGAAUCCGCCAUCAUGUGAUCGUUUGUGUGACAACUGCUACAAUGGAGGUAUCUGUCACGAAUUUUCAGGAACAUGCAUUUGUCCUCCUGGUCAUGCUGGAAAGAACUGCAUCCAAGCGUGCGGGAGGCAUAAAUUUGGCUGGGACUGUGAGCUUGGAUGUGGACGUGGUCAGCUUUUGGACAAGUGUGCAGGAAGUCAAAUAUGUCUACCCGAUCCUUAUGGUUGCAACUGUCUGGCUGGAUAUACCGGAAUUUACUGUAACGAAACGUGCUUACGUGGUCGGUUCGGCAGUGAUUGUCUUCAGAAAUGCCACUGUUUGAAUGGAGCUGAUUGCGAUCAUGCGACUGGAGAAUGUCCUAGUGAUAGUGGUUGCUCUAAUGACUGGUCAGGACCGGCGUGUCAAGUGCCUUCUGUUUGUCCGACGGGAUAUUUUGGAUCUAACUGCACUAAGAAAUGUAAUUGCAGGAAUGAAACAGCUUGCCAUAAAAACACUGGAUACUGCGACGAAGUUGAAGGGCGUUGCGAUGUGGGAUAUGUCAAGGAUUCCGUACACUUACCAUCAAGUUGUACGACAUUUUCAGGAUGCUACAGAUCUUGUUCGAAAACGUGCCAUUGCUCCGGUGGAAUUGAGGACUGCAACUUCCUGACUGGGAAUUGUAAUUCGUCCACAUGUCAUCCAAGAUGGACGGGAGAUCAAUGUCAGACAGAUUGUUUCAAGGUGAGGUCAGAAAAGACGAAUCCAGGAGUGGCAAACUUCUCAUGUUCCUACACAAAAUCAUCGAGAACCAAAUAUGUAAAGGCAGCUGUAGGAACGCUCAAUGAAGAUCACUUGAUUAACCAUACAACCUCAAUUUCACCACGACAGUCUAUCACCUCUUAUUUCUACGAGUACAUCGGGAGAGAAAAACCAAUUUACUGCUUUGUCGGGGACCCUGAAAACUCAUCGGGGUUUGCUUUCAUAAGAUUGCCCCCAGGAGAUUUCUAUGCUUUACCAAACUAUACUGGUAAACCAGAACUAAUCGAAGCCGGAUACUACCACGCUGUUGUCCGUUGGAGGCAAUGGAACCCAGAAAAUGAUACUGGGGAUGGACCUGUUGUCGGUUACAAGAUAUACGUCAGGUUGGGCAACAACGAUGAGGUCCAACCGCCAGAACGUGUUCUUUCGAAGAGGUCUACAGACAAUGCCACAGAGAUAGUUACAUAUAACGUCACCGAACUUGAAGCAGGGUCGACUUAUGCUAUUCAGAUUGCAGCGAUCCGAGACGGCAUCAAGGGUGAAGGGAAAUCAGGACCGAUAUUAACAGUAACAACAGGAAGUCUCCCUGCGACAUCCACUGUAUCCAGUACCACCAAGACAAUUGCUGCGGAUGGCCAUGAUGAGAGUCGGGAUGAUAUGACCUUUGAGCAUGUAGAGCCCGGAGGACAAACUAGCAGUUCCAUGGCAACCGUUGCUGGUGGAGUUGUGGGCAUUAUUAUUGUCAUUUUGAUCAUCAUUAUAGUUAUCAUCUUAUUCAAACAAAGAAGAAAAGUCAAUCCGUCUAAAACCGUUCACGAAGAACAAGAAACGUCGAUUGAUUUUGAAGACACAGCAUUAGAUGGAGGCUGCAGCGGACAAGUAACGAUUUCAACCCAAAUCAAACCAACGCCCAGGAGCAUCGGGACCAAGCCAGCUAUUGCUGCCAAGCCCUGUCGUCGGGAAUUGGCUGAUGCUACCCACCGUGCCCAAGAACCCUCUGAUGAUCAAUCUGGAACAAAACCCCUCAAACGUCAGCCGAUUCCUACUUCUCAGUUUCCUGCCUUUGUCAGCACAAACCGAUACACUUCACUCUUCUCAGACGAAUUCCAUGACCUACCUGAAGCAGACAUCUAUCCACAGACCGUAGCCCAAGAGGAAAUCAACCACAGAAAGAACAGAUAUAAGAAUAUCUUACCAUAUGAUUCUGCAAGGGUGAAGCUGAACGUCAUCAACGAGGGUUCGAAUUCGGAUUACUUUAACGCUUCUUACAUUCCAAGCUUUGAAAACGAUAAGGCAUACAUUGCAUCACAAGGACCUAACAAUGCGUCUAUGGAUGAUUUCUGGAGGAUGGUCUGGCAAGAGAAAGUGACUACCAUUGCUAUGGUUACCAAGCUCAAGGAAGGAGAUAAGAUCAAGUGCGCCCAGUACUGGCCUAACAAGCCGGGCGAUUCAAAGAUGUUUGGAAAUGUCAAAGUGGAGUUUGUGUCUCAGAAUACAUGCACUGGCGGAGUAAAGCGGGAAAUUACAUUGAAAAUGGGUAAAGACAAGAGGACUGUCACUCAGUUUCAUUUCCGGGUGUGGCCAGACAAAGGUGUGCCGAAACACACUUCGCUGCUACUGAAGUUCAUCAAGGAAGUCAAGACCAAUCAUGGGCAGAACCCGCAUCCUCUUGUCAUUCAUUGCAGUGCUGGUGUAGGACGAACAGGCGUGGUGAUCAGCAUCGAUAGCAUAGCGGCACACGCCAAGAUGACCAGAAUGGUAGAUGUCUUCAGCUUCGUCACGAAAAUCAGACAGAACCGUCCAUACAUGGUCCAAACACAGGAACAAUAUGCCUUCAUCUACGGAGCUGUACUGGAAGACCUUCUCUGGAGGGACACCCUUGUUCCUAUCAUUCAUUUCUCUGAUCAUCUAAAAGAUCUGCGUUCUGUUGACGAACGUGGCAAAUCUAUGAUGGCCAAAGAGUUCGAGACUCUGAUGACGCUCUGCCCAGAUCCUCCAGCUUCACAAUUGAGAUCCGGACGAACUCAAGAGAAUCAUCACAAGAAUAGAUACGGCAACAACCUACCACUUCAGAGAAAUCGAGUAAUUUUGGACUCCCCGGAUAAUGACUACAUCAAUGCUAGUUGCGUCAGGGGAGUUCAUUGUACUUUCAUCACGACCCAAAUGCCAAUGCCAAGCACGGUCUCUGAUUUCUGCUGUAUGGUUCUUACCAAGGAACCAUCAAUUAUUGUCAUGCUUAACGACAAAGAUCAAGAUGACAAGAGUUGUGCACAGUACUGGUCUGAUGAUGGGAUUGCUGAGUUAGGAUCGUACAGAGUCUCAACCUUGUCAACAUCUGAUGAUGAUGAUAUGACCAUUCGACAACUGAAGAUGACUAAAAACUCUAAAUCGUGUCACACGGUGACCCAGUACCAAUUCUUGGGCUGGCAAAAACAUGGAUCCAACGAGAAAUCCAAAGCUCUGUCUUUUCUCAAGCUCAUCGGUGCUGUCAAGAGUGCCCUCAAGAAUAAGAGUGAAUUUUCCGUUCUUGUCCAUUGUUUGAGUGGUGUUGGUCGUACAGGUGUAUUUUGCGGUGUUAUGGAGUGCAUCGCUCAGAUGGAAGAUAGUGAUUCCGUAGAUAUCUUUCAGACUGUCAAGAUCCUGCGAGCUGAUAGGAUGCAGUUCGUUCAAACUGAGGAUGACUAUGCUUUCAUAUAUGACGUCAUCCGUGCGUACCUGCACGAGAAAAAAUAUGAGCAGCUCCCUUAUCCGGUGGAAGAUCACACCUACGGCAAUUUGGAUACUGAUGACUACUGCACACCCGACCCGGAAGAGAACCCAUACGAGGUCACCGAUUCGCAAGCAGCAGGCGCCAGUGGACUCGUGUACGGCAAUGUCGAGACUGGGAGGGCCAAGCAGAGUCAGGGACCAAAGCCUACAAACUCGCAAACUUUGUAUGAGAACUUCGAAUUUGAAUCUUAGACCUGAACUACCAUGGCGCCGCCACGUAGGUUGAGUCCUGACGGUUCUGAAGGAAACUCGUCCCAAUGGAAGGCUUGUUUUGUAUUUUGCUGACCGCUGUGAAAAUAUUGAAAACACAGUGACAUUUGUAAUGUAGAUGGUGGCAGGUUCAUAAACUUUAAAUUCAAAAUCAAAGUUUGAAUCUUGGUGUUGCUUUUACUCUAGUCAUGACAGCCUUUGACGUUGUGAAUUAGCUAAAAAAAUAAAUAAAAUAUUAGGCAAAAAGAGAAGAAACAAUGGCAUUGUAACCCCAUUUGUAACCAAUCUCCAAUCUUCUGUUGGAGCAGAUGAAGCUCUGUGUAGCUCCAUUUCUUAAGGAUAUUCAAGAGUAUAAAGAACUACGGUUUUGUCUUCACACCUUUGUAUGUGUCGCGUUUCUUAAUUCUGCGCGCUUUUAUCGUACUUCAAUGUUUUAGUAGAUUCGUUAUAUAUGUAUAAAGAACAAAGAUUGUUCCCAUUAGAGAGGAAAGUGUGUUAUUUGUGACCACUGUAUUAAAAUUUAUAAACAGAUUACUUUCCUGGAUUUAUGUACAUUACAGGAGACUUUUUUAAAAAGGGUUUUGCUAUUUCUUAGUUAACGUAGGUUGUGGCAUUUUCUUUCUAUUUUUGUUUAUGUAAUGUGAAGUAUUGUAAUGAUAUUUGUUGAAAUGAUUUAUUUAGUUUUAUUAUUGUAUUUGUCAUUGAUGUUUAAUUUAUAUUUGGAAUGGAAACUUGUAAACUGCUGUUAAUGUCUGUUUUUAUUUAAUCCUUUUUAAAAGCUAUUGAAGUAUUGAAGAUCAAACUACAUGGAUACCAUUCUUUUUUAUAGUGUUAUCUUAUGAGAGGUAAUAUGAACCAGUUUACUCCUUAAUAUGUGCUUUGCCUUAUUACACCUUAAAGUGAUUGGUUAACAUUGGUUUGACUUUAAAAAAAUCUGAGCUAGAAGGUCACAUUUGUCACCUGUGUAUGUGAUAUGUUACAAAAAUGAAGCCCAGAAAAAAUUGCGUUCAAAAAUAAUUAUUUAGUGCUUCAAAAAUUGAAAUAUAAAGUGACCGAAAACACCAUCUUAAUUCAUCCCAUACACUUAUGUGUACUAUUUAGGCGUCUAUAAGACGCCUAUUUACAAAAUCGGGGUUUGCCUUGUAGUUUUAGCUUUUCAUUCUCAAUAAUGGUUGUUUUCAGGGUUUAUUAGUUCUAAUACAUGCACUUGUACACAUGUUUCAUCUUGGUUUGAGAUUUUUUUUUAAUCGGCUGCUCACAAAGUUAAACAAUACAUUUAAGCUUGAUUGCUAAGACAAAAUUGUUAUCUUAUGCAAUCGUCACAGUAACUUGUUACACCAAUGUUCUCUUGAAUUGAGCCUCUGUAAUCUUGUUGUAGAAAGCUUACACUUUACUUAAAAGUAAAUCGAAAAUAAUUUUAUAUCUGGAUUGUCAUUCUACAUGAAACUGUUACUCAGUCGGAAUAUUUAUUCAAUAUUUCAAACAUUUUGGGGUUCACCUUUAUAUUCAGAUUUUGCAUUUAUUCACAGUUGUGUUCGUUUAAGGCACUUCUUCCCUAAUAUCUAUGCUAAUUUGUUAUUUCUUUUAAAGAAUAUUCAUGUGUAUACACAUAUUUAAUGAUGAAUGUUUAUAAUCACAUCUUACUAACUAUAACCAUCAAAGCGCUUGCUUAUAAAUAUUGUGGGCAAUCAUAAUAAUAAGAAAUAGACUUGUUUAUCUCAAACACAAAAUGUUCAAGUGUCCAAAACAUCUUACAUCCUUGAUUUUGCAGCAAAUGCCGAAAAGGGAUGUCACGAUGGGAGAUUAUUGUUGAAAAAAUAUGUGCAAUUUUUUUAAACGGUAUCCGAGAUAAAAAUGUUCUGGAACAAAUGAAAUCCCAUUGCGCACAAAACUGCAAGUUUCUAGGAGUUUGAAGAGUGUAGUAUUAAUCCACUUCUUGUAUUAAAAGACUGACUUUAGAAUUCAACAAAUGAUGUACUUUAUUUAAUAUUUCCUCUUAAACUACAUGUAGUUGAAGCUUUAUACGUUUGUGAACGUGUUAAGAAAGGUAGAUCUAACGGUUGAUGGUAUUAAAUCUGCUCUGAAAGGUUAUGUUAAGAACUGAUACGAUGUACCAAUAUUUUUUUUCCUUAGGCCAGUAUUCGUUAUGUUCUUUCUUCUCCCACUCUGGUGUGUAUCUUUUUCCGCACCUGAUUUUCUCACACCAAUGUUCCCCUCAAUACAGAUGUCCAUUUCCGCUACGUGGGUGCUGUGACUCGUUUUUAUACUGUGCAAAUUUAUGAGUCAGAAUGCUUGCUGCGAUGAUUGUUUGAGAGAAUAACGUUAUAAUUAUGUUUGCAAGCAGAGUGCUUAAUACUUAACUGUAUAUUUUUUCUGAUGCGACUGGAAGAUGGAAUGUGGCUUUCGAAUAUAAGAAAGAAGAGAAGAAGAGAGAGAGAAAAAGAAUGGUUAGGGCAGUAAGCCAGGACAAGUGUUUUAAUAUAUGGAGAUAGUGUAGUUUGGAAUGUCAAGCAAUUCUGUCUGGAAGACUGCACAAAAAAUAGUAAUAAAAAUGCUAUUAAGCCAGGCCA